AUGAAUGCAACAAAGACUAAUUGGGCAAGGAAGCUGGAUGAUGCAUUGUGGGCGUACCGCACAACCUUCAAAACUCCAAUUGGUAUGUCACCCUACAAGUUGGUAUUUGGAAAGGCAUUCCACAUCCCGGUAGAGCUUGAGCACAAAGCACUUUGGGCAUUGCGGCAGUUGAACUUGGACAUAGAGACAACAUGCACUAGCAGAGUCACUGGGUUACAUGAGGUAGAGGAAUUCAGGUUCCAGGCAUUCGAGAGUGCUAGAUUAUACAAAGAACGAAUUAAAUUGCUGCAUGACAAGCACAUCGUGGACCGUAACUUCAAAUCCGGAGAGCUAGUACUGUUAUACAACUCCAGAUUGAGAUUGUUUCCGGGUAAGUUUAAGUCACGAUUGUCAGGACCCUUUAGAGUGGUGCAAAUGUUCCCAAGUGGAGUUGCUGAGAUUGAAUCAGAGGAUGGGACGAAUAAGUUCACAGUGAUAUGGUCAGAUCUUGAAACACUACCUUGGAAUGGAAAAUGA